GCGAAGAGAUAAGGCGCAAUCCAAAACCCGUAGCUGUGCCCACGAAAACCUGUGGAGCCUUGGAGGAGAGCAGCAUUUGAGCUUGACGGUGGAGCGGCGUGAAGGGCAAGGAUUCAUGGAGUAGGCCGGAGGCGUGUUGGUGGUAAUGUGGCACCAAAACGACAGCUGCUAAGGCCUUUUGCAAAACUCUCCCCAAACGGACUUUACGCAAGCAAACAGUUGAUGGAAUUUUGGAGCGCGUCCUCCGCUCGUUCCUCUUUGACUUGUGCGUAAACUUGAAACGGAUGUGCACGUUUAACUUUAUUCCCAUUAACUAUUUCUUUUAAAACUUUCUAUCUCGGACUUGUUCUUGUUAAAUAAUCUCCCACAGCGUUUGGAAGAUGUCUGAAAGAUCUCAGAGUCCGGAGUGCCAAAGCAGGCCGUAUGACUUCAGCCGCGCCGGCCAUUGCGCUCAGGUUUUGGGUCAAGAUGGUUUGGGCAACGCUGCGUCAUUCCAGCUUCCUCACGGCGUUUUGCCAGACCCGAGCCUCCUCUAUAACAAAACGGCGUAUGGUGGCAUCACGUCGGCCUCUGCGCAGACUUUCUUCCCAUUCCCACCCAUGGCCAGUGACUACAGGGGAACCGACCUGCAGGCUGGGGAGUUUGGGCAACCCAAACACUGGUAUCCCUUCGCUGCGCCCGAGUACACCGGCCAGGUACCCGGCGUAACAGCAGCUACCCAGCCUACUAACCUGAGUCCCCCUAUGGCCGAGACCCGGGAGCAAAUCAAAAUGCCCGAGAUCAAAACCGAGAAGGACACCGGCGAUGACUACUCAACGGAGAUCAAGGGUCAACAGUAUCUGACACCGUCAGCCUCCGCCGCCAUGGCUCAUGGAGUCUUCUACCCCGCGGCCUGGAACCCGUCCUUCUGGCCUGGAAUCGCCCACAUCACCCCGCCCGGUAUCAGUAAUCAAAAUCCUUCCACAUCCUCUGCAUCGUCGCCGUCUAUGUCCCCUUCACCCCCGAGCAACGGGCUUCCAGGAAACGCGUUUUUCAGCGUGAACCCAACCCAAGCCGCCCCCGGGCCGCAGACGCAGAACCCGGCCUCCUCCACGCGGAGCAGCGGUUCCUCCAGCGGCGGAUGCAGCGACUCAGAGGAGGAGAACCUCUCCACUGAGGAACUGGAGCAGUUUGCCAAGGAACUGAAACACAAACGCAUCACUUUGGGUUUCACUCAAGCUGAUGUUGGCCUUGCCCUGGGUAACCUCUAUGGUAAGAUGUUCAGCCAGACGACCAUUUGCCGCUUCGAGGCUCUGCAGCUGAGCUUUAAGAACAUGUGCAAGCUGAAACCCCUUCUUCAGAGAUGGCUGAAUGAGGCAGAGACCUCAGACAAUCCCCAGGAUAUGUACAAGAUCGAGAGAGUGUUUGUUGACACCAGAAAGAGGAAGAGAAGGACUAGUCUGGAGGGGGCAGUGCGCUCUGCUCUGGAGUCCUACUUUAUCAAGUGUCCCAAACCCAACACCCAGGAGAUUACACACAUUUCAGAUGACCUGGGCCUUGAGAGAGACGUGGUGCGUGUUUGGUUCUGCAACCGGAGACAGAAAGGAAAACGACUGGCUUUGCCACUGGAUGAGGAGUGCGACGGCCAGUAUUACGAGCAGAGCCCUUCCCCACUGAACAUGGCCCCUUCCCCCAUCCCCAGUCAGAGCUACCCUGUGUCCAGCUACCCCGGAGCCACUCCUACCACACUGUACAUGCCCCCCCUUCACCGGCCCGAUGUCCUGAAACAGGCCCUUCACCCCGGACUUAUUGGUCACAUGACUGGAUAAACACGCUCCGGUUGGCCUAGCCAAUCCCGCAGAUAACCUUCCCAAGCUUUUCUGUCAAAGGCCAACUCAAACUGGAGAGGGACGAUCAGUGGAUCACAGGACAAACCGUUCAAGGGAGGAGGAUCUUUUUCCUGUUAUUCUGAAACUACACAAAUUGCAUUGUCCACAUCCUCUAACCAUGACCAGAAACUCCACACCAACAAUUUUGGAUCAAGUCUUGGAUUAAGCAUAGUAAAUCAAUCCACUGGCUUUAUUCAGUUCAUGUUUAGAACAAUUUAAGAUUUAGCUUUGUACAGCAAAGGCAAGUUAUGGAAUGAUGUAAAGAACCUGAACGUUCCUUCCACUUAUACUAAAUCCUGGGUAGGUUUUCUGGGGGUGCAGGUGAGAACAGGUCUAGGUUAUCAAGAGAACCAAAAUGUGAGUAAUAGAAUUAUUUUUUUAGAGUUGGGUCAGUAUUUUGUGCCAUACUUGUCACCAAUCUGAAAAGAGCAGCUACGGUAUUUGUCUUCCAUUUGAAAUGGAGAACAGUUUCUUAUUGGGGUUAAUUUUUUUCCAUAUUAUUUUGCACAAAGUUGCUUUUGUAAUGUUGAACAUUCUUUUCAAAAAUGUUCCCGUUUGUUUACCAAACCAAUUUUUUUGUCUUAUAGUUGUUGGUUGUCAUCGACAUCUUGAGCAAGUAUUUUUGGCAGCGAUGGAGGGAUUCAAAGUAAUAUUUUGAUGAAAUGUGAAGAAUCUUUUGUUCAGUGUCUUAGCUGCUAAAUCUGCCAUUUGCACUCUGUCAAUAUUUUCUCUUCAUGUCUCAGGUGAGUGGCAGUGAGAUAAAUAUCCGACCUGACUCAGCUAUCGCCAAUGUGACUGACUGUGUUCUUUAUUCCCACCCUAUUGUAAAGGUUUUUAUGUUAAUGUUGAAAUUACACCGUGUCAAGUGCUCACUGAAAUAUAUUUUAAGAAGUUGCUUUUUAGUGGAAUGAUCAUAGUUUUAGAAAGAAGACAUCAAAUGUCUCAUUCUGCUUCAAAAUACCUCACAUGACUGAAGUCCCUAAGUGACCAUCAAAUCAACUUGGAGAUGUCACAUUAACAUUGGACUAAUCUCUAACUUUUAAUAUAACACGUUGUCUCGACAGAUUGUAAAUGGAUUCAUUAUAAUUUAUUGAAAUGUUGGCUAAGCUGAGAUGUUUUGACUGUAACCACCUGAGACCUAAAUGUAAAACGGACACUUUUAUUUGAAAAAUUGUAUAUGCAAACUACCAAAUUGUUCUUUUUCCCAGUAAAUCUUUGCACAUGUCCCACCAAAA